CCGGCGCCCGGAGCUUGGCCGGCCACCGUUAGCCGUCUGCUCGCGGCGGUGUGACAGUGGCAGAGCUAUAAUUACAAAUUAAACCAAUUUUAAACAUUUGGAACUGCUACACCCUAUAUAUAAUAUAUACACACACACACACACACAGCUGUAAACAAAAUCACACUUCACUUUGCACCUACUGAUCAUCGUCUGGUCUCGAUCAGAGAAUCACUUGAGAUUCAAAGAUGUUGCAGUCCUCACUUCGAAGAGCAAGGAGCUUGGGGUCGUUGAGCCCUCAUAUCUUUGCUCUGAGCAGUUAUCGUCUCUCCACCGCAGCCGAACCGUCCUGGAGGCACCGGAAUCCUCCGAGGGUUCCAAAUCUCAUUGGAGGCGUCUUUGCAGAUUCACAAUCAUCUGAAUUAAUAGAUGUUAUUAAUCCAGCAACACAAGAAGUUGUUUCUCAACUUCCAUUAACAACAAAUGAAGAGUUUAAAGCUGCAGUAUCUGCAGCGAAGCAAGCAUUUCCCUCAUGGCGGAGUACGCCAAUUACUACCCGACAGCGCAUUAUGCUAAAGCUCCAAGAGCUUAUUCGUAGAGACAUGGAUAAGCUUGCUGUGAAUAUUACUACUGAACAAGGGAAAACACUGAAGGAUGCCCAAGGCGACGUGUUCCGUGGACUAGAGGUGGUGGAACAUGCUUGCGGAAUGGCAACUUUGCAAAUGGGGGAGUUUGUUCCUAAUGUAUCACAUGGAAUUGAUACCUACAGCGUCAGAGAACCUCUUGGUGUUUGUGCUGGGAUUUGUCCCUUCAACUUCCCAGCAAUGAUUCCCUUGUGGAUGUUUCCACUUGCAACUACAUGUGGUAAUACAUUCAUUCUUAAGCCAUCAGAGAAAGAUCCAGGGGCUUCUAUAAUGCUUGCAGAGCUAGCAAAGGAGGCUGGUUUACCGGAUGGUGUUCUGAAUAUUGUUCAUGGCACCACUGACAUUGUCAAUGCUAUUUGUGAUGAUGAUGAUAUUAGAGCUAUUUCAUUUGUUGGUUCAAAUACGGCUGGGAUGCACAUAUAUGCAAGGGCAGCAGCCAAAGGAAAACGUGUUCAGUCAAAUAUGGGAGCCAAGAAUCAUGGAGUGGUCAUGCCUGAUGCAAAUAUAGAUGCUACCAUAAAUGCUUUAGUUGCCGCUGGUUUUGGUGCUGCAGGACAAAGGUGCAUGGCCCUCAGCACUGUGGUCUUCGUGGGCAACUCCAAAGCAUGGGAAGAUAAGCUAGUGGAGCGUGCUAAAGCACUUAAAGUAAGUGCUGGAACAGAUCCAGUUGCAGACCUUGGUCCAGUGAUUAGCAAACAGGCAAAGGAACGAGUAUGCAGACUAAUACAAAGUGGCGUUGAUAGUGGUGCCAGACUAUUGCUUGAUGGAAGAGAUAUUGUGGUUCCGGGAUAUGAGCAAGGUAACUUUGUUGGGCCCACCAUUUUGUCUGAUGUCACUGCUGAUAUGGAAUGUUACAAGGAGGAAAUUUUUGGCCCUGUUCUAGUGUGCAUGCAGGCUGACAGCUUGGAAGAGGCCAUGAACAUUGUUAACAAGAACAAAUAUGGCAAUGGGGCUUCUAUUUUCACCACAUCUGGUGUUGUUGCUAGGAAAUUUCAGACCGAUAUCGAGGCUGGUCAGGUUGGAAUCAAUGUUCCCAUUCCAGUUCCUUUGCCCUUCUUUUCUUUUACCGGCUCAAAGGCGUCUUUCGCAGGGGACCUCAAUUUCUACGGCAAAGCCGGAGUUCAGUUCUACACUCAGUUGAAGACUGUGACUCAACAAUGGAAGGAUUCACCUGGAGGCUCUGGAGUAUCUCUGGCAAUGCCCACCUCCCAGAAGGUUUAACGGCUUUCCCAUUUGGAACUUCACUCAGUGUAUGUGAAGUUAUAAACCCUUUUAAUAAAUUAAUAUGGAGAUCUUGUUUUUUCAUUGUAAAAAUUAAGGGAAAAAAAGUAACAUAUUGAACUAUUGUGAAAAAAAAAAAAAAGAAAAUGAAAACAAAUGUUAAGGUUGUGUUUGGUUGGAUGGAAUAGUUUUGAAUGAGAAGGGUAAGGGAAAGGAAAUGGGACUAUUUCACUCCA